AUGUUUUUUGAAAUGUCGCGAGUGUACCGCGACAUUGUUGAGGAGGUGGGCCGAAUGUUAGAAAACGAAAGCGAUGUUGAUCUCAAGAAGAUACACGAUUUGAAAGUAGCUUGGUUGAACAAUCUUACUGAACGCAUAGAGAGCCACGGGGACAUCGUUCAGGAGCCUGUUGUGGAGAGUGCGAGCUGUUCGGAUAGUGAAGACGAAAUAAAGGGAAAGAACACACAAAAUUUCAUGAUGUGCCUCUAUGACAAGGUGACGAAGAGCAAGUACAAGUGGCGGGUAAAUUUUAAGCAGGGGUUUCUGAACAUAGGUAAUUCGGACUAUGCGUUUUCCUUGGGCCAGGGCGAUCUGGACUGGUAGUAGUGUAGGGUUGUUAUUUAUACAUUGUAAGACAAAAAUAAAGAGAUCUUUUACACAUUAUCAUACAGCACUUCG